UUCAUUUAAUCAUUCGUCAAAGUCACUUAAGUAAUCUGCAGUGAUAUAAAUGCCUCCCGUUGAGGAUGCAAGCCACACUUGUCAGUGAGUGGUGAACAAUAUGCGUAUCCUUGCUUUGUUAGCCCUGUGCUUUGCGGCUGUUGCAGCUGUCCCCAGCAAUCCCCAGAGGAUUGUGGGUGGUUCGGUGACUACUAUUGACCGUUACCCCACCAUCGCGGCUCUGCUGUACUCAUGGAACUUGAGCACCUACUGGCAAGCUUGCGGAGGUACCAUCCUCAACAACAGGGCUAUCCUCACCGCCGCUCACUGCACCGCUGGUGAUGCCAACAACAGAUGGCGUAUCCGUCUUGGCUCCACCUGGGCCAACAGCGGUGGUGUCGUACACAACCUAAACGCCAACAUCAUCCACCCCUCAUACAACUCAAGGACCAUGGACAAUGACAUCGCUAUCGUACGUUCCGCCACCACCUUCUCCUUCAACAACAAUGUCCGCGCCGUUUCCAUCGCUGGUGCCAACUACAACCUCGCUGACAACCAGGCUGUCUGGGCAGCUGGAUGGGGCACAACUUCUUCCGGUGGCUCUUCCUCUGAGCAGCUCCGUCACGUUCAGCUCGUGACCUUCAACCAGAACACUUGCAGAAACAACUACGCUACCCGUGGUAUCACCAUCACUGCUAACAUGUUGUGCUCCGGCUGGCCCAGCGGUGGUCGUGACCAGUGCCAGGAGACUCCGGCGGUCCCCUCUACCACAAUGGCGUUCUUGUCGGUGUCUGCUCCUUUGGAGUUGGAUGUGGCCUGGUAAACUUCCCCGGUGUCAACGCUCGCGUGUCUCGCUACACUGCUUGGAUUCAAAACAACCGUUAGAAAAGUAAUUUAAGUUAAUGUGGUA